AUGGUUGAUCACGAUUAUGAUGAGUUGGACCAGGAGCCAGAUGAAGAAAAGGGCGUAGAAGAGGCAUACUACUUACGUGCCCUCGAGGAGGCAGUUAUCAACCUAAAGCUUCAAUACAUCAUGGCCAAGGCGAGGGUUGUACGAGCCGAGCGAAAAGUAGAGGCAAUCACCCAACAGGCUGAUGAACUGGCUGAACUUCUGGUGCGUCACCUCGAUGAUCGAGUGUCGUCGUCAUCCUUAAUAAUAGGACCUACACUACUACCUUCUAGAUAG